AGUGGAGAAAGGCAUGUUCUCACCUGGAAGGUGACAUGCCACUGCCUGGCCUUCUGCGAGGCCCUGCUGCCACCAGGCUUCCCAGUGCUCCAGCUCCUGGGCAGAGGCUGAGCAAGCAACCCAGCCCCCACCACCGCCUCUGCAGCAGCCUUACACCAGAGAACUUCCAACACUGCAGCUCCUCAAUAAUUAAAGAGCAGGAAACCUGGUGACAGGAGGCAGGCCAGAGGAAGGGAGGAGGGCCGGCCACGAUCCCCAGUGUCCCUCUACCCGAGUCCCUGUCACUUAAAGAUUGGCGAAAUUAACGGGACAAAUGACCCCACUAGGAGAAUUUGGCAAGUACAUGACUUUUCUGAGUUCUAUCCACGGCCUGUGCUUCCUCUGGAGAGACUGCACUUCUACAGAAGCCUCUGGAAAGAUAGUUUAUGCGAACCUGGCUCAGGAUGCGAGUUGGGAGGGAACUGCUUACCCGGAAACCCUGGAUUACCCUCCCCGCCUCGGUGUGUCAGCGAUCUGUGUGGCCGCUUCUUUGGACAUGAGCGGCAGGUGGCAUCGGAGAGUCAGACUUGUCUGCGGGCACCAGAGACGACAUCCUAGCUGGGUCCUGGAGCGGUCAGCGUCUCGGAGCCGCCUGGGCAGGAAGGGUAAGGGGAUGGGACUGGCAGUUCCCCAAGGUGAAGAACCGAUGGCGGUUCCUGGGGCCUCGGGAAGGAGUGGCGAACCGCGCGCUUCUCAGACCCCAGCGCGGGGCCCUAGGGCGGGAAUGCGUCGAGUCCCGACGCCGUGGCGGGUAGGGGGUUGGGUGGCGCGGGAGAGGGCGGCAGAAGGAGGGAGUUCGAAGAGAGUUGCCGCAGAGAGUAGCAAGUGCCCGCGGUCGCCUUGGAGACGUGCUGACCAAUAGCAGCAGCGGAAGCUGUUUAUAGGGGCGGAGCGUCGCCAUGGCAGCAGGAGAAGCCUUUGGAGCGGCUACUUAAUGCCGGUCCCGGGGCCGCGGGCACUCAGAGAAGCGCCGUCGGGCGGGGGGGCGACGAGGGGCGCUGGCGGAGCUCUCGAGCUGGGGGCAGAGAGCCGCGGGGGGGGUGGGAGGAACUUCUUCCAGAACCUUCCUCGGGACCGGGCUGCUGUCUGAGCCAGGCACCACAUACGUAUUUGGAGAGGGCGACCCCGGGGUCGCGAGAUGGAAGCGUACGUCCUGGAGGCUGUGUAACUGGAGCUGCGGGAGUCGGCGGGCCAGAGAGCGUGGCGGGCCACCCCCGGCUCAGCCGGUGGAUGGUGACCGCCCCCUCGGAGAGUCGCGGCAGACAUGGCGGAGAGCUGGCUGCGCCUCUCGGGAGCAGGGCCGGCGGAGGAGGUCGGGCCGGAGGGCGGCCUGGAGGAGCCCGACGCCCUCGAUGACAGCCUGACCAGCCUACAGUGGCUACAGGAAUUCUCCAUUCUCAACGCCAAGGCCCCUGCCCUGCCCCCGGGGGGCACCGACCCCCACGGCUACCACCAGGUGCCAGGCUCCGCGGCGCCUGGUUCCCCUCUGGCGGCCGACCCUGCCUGCCUGGGGCAGCCGCACACACCAGGCAAGCCCACUUCGUCGUGCACGUCGCGUAGCGCGCCCCCGGGGCUGCGGGCCCCACCCCCCGACGACGUGGACUACGCCACCAACCCACACGUGAAGCCUCCCUACUCAUACGCCACGCUCAUCUGCAUGGCCAUGCAGGCAAGCAAGGCCACCAAGAUCACCCUGUCGGCCAUCUACAAGUGGAUCACGGACAACUUCUGCUACUUCCGCCAUGCCGAUCCCACCUGGCAGAAUUCCAUCCGCCACAACCUGUCCCUGAACAAGUGCUUCAUCAAGGUGCCUCGGGAGAAGGAUGAGCCAGGCAAGGGGGGCUUCUGGCGCAUUGACCCCCAGUAUGCUGAGCGGCUGCUGAGUGGGGCCUUCAAGAAGCGGGGGCUGCCACCAGUCCACAUCCACCCGGCCUUCGCCCGCCAGGCCACACAGGAGCCAAGUGCUGCCCCCUGGGCCCGGCCACUGACGGUGAACACCGAGGCCCAGCAGCUGCUGCGGGAGUUUGAAGAGGCCACUGGGGAGGUGGGCUGGGGCAUGGGCGAGGGCAGGCUGGGGCAUAAGCGCAAACAGCCGCUGCCCAAACGGGUGGCCAAGGUCCCACGGCCCCCCAGCACCCUGUUGCUGACCCAAGAGGAGCAGGGCGAGCUGGAGCCCCUCAAAGGCAACUUUGACUGGGAGGCCAUCUUCGAUGCUGGCGCACUGGGUGGGGAGCUGGGCACCCUGGAGGGCCUGGAGCUGAGUCCGCCACUGAGCCCCACCUUGCACGGGGAUGUGGACCUCACCGUCCAUGGCCGCCACAUCGACUGCCCCACUACCUGGGGGCCUCCGGUGGAGCAGGUUGCAGACAGCCUGGACUUCGAUGAGACCUUCCUGGCCACGUCCUUCCUGCAGCACCCCUGGGACGAGAGUGGCAGUGGCUGCCUUCCCCCAGAGCCCCUCUUUGAGGCCGGGGACGCCACUCUGGCUGCCGACCUCCAAGACUGGGCCAGCGUGGGCUCCUUCUUGUAAGAGGCCAGGCCCCACCCCACCUCUGGACAGUGCCCGAGUGACAGCCCAAAACUGCCCCCCCCAGCAAAGGCCCACGGACACCCCACCGCCCAGGCAGGGGCUGGGCCUGGUCUCCCAAGCCUGGCAUCAUGAGACCACACAGCCACCAGCUCCUGCUGACCUCAGAUUUCAGCCCAGGAGGCUGAGAACUGGGGGCCCAGGACAAGAAUUGCUGCCUCCCCACCCAGCUCCCUAUACACCAGUGUUUCACUGAUCCAUAUCUCCUCUGCCCCAGGAACCGGUGAAAGGGCCCUGCACCUUGAAAGCUGAGGCCUGGGGCUGGGGGGGCCCUGGUCAGGCUGGGGUGGAACAGAAAGGGCCCUCCCCAGAGUGCCCAGACUCCCUCUUGCUUCCCCAGGUCUCUAUCCAGAGAAAGUUCCCAGGUACAACAAAUGCUAAUUAGGUGACAGCAAAUUAACCCCCUGGAGGCCUCUCCUGGCAGAGCCUCCCUGGAGCCUGGGGGGCAGAGGCUGGACUGGAAGAGGGGGCAGAGCAAGGAGACAGAAAUGAGGGGAGCACAGGAUGGGGCAUGGAAAUCUUCCCUCAGGCCUCAGGGUCUCGGCCAGGCCCCAUCCCCAGGGUAGUUGUAAAUGGCAAAUCUUUGAGCCCAACUUGAGACUGGGAUCAGCAGGAAGUUGAGGUUCUGAGGGGCUGGGGCAGGGAUCUGGGGGGGUGGGAACAGCCAGACUAACUUAGUGUGUGUAGCUGUAGCUGAGGCUUAACUGGGAGGGGCAUCAAGCUUGCUGGAACCACUGGGACCAAGAAGGGGGGAGCCCUGUGCCCCUGCCUGUUCUUGUGGCGGGCAGACAGGCAGGUGUGCCUUGCUCCACCUUAACCCCCUGGGCUGCAGCCCACAUCCACCCUCCUGCCCUAUGGGGCAAUUUAACCUUUUUCAUGGAAAGUUAUUUACAAUAAGAAAUUUUUAAAAAUAAAAUUUUUUAAAAUCU